AGGCGGCCAUGUUUCAUCCCAGAGGGCUGACUGUUGUCCCACCUCCAUGUGCCAAGAAUAGACCAGCAGAAACAAGUCCACUGCUCAGAGAUCAAGGGAUACUUUUGAAUCAGCUGGAUUUGUUGCAGAACAAACAGGAAUUCUGAGGUUAAAGUUGUUACUUUACCAGCCUUUUAUUUACCAUGCUGUUUCUGUUAGCACGCGGUCUUAAAUCGCUGACAGCUGCUUCACUGUUUGUGCUGUGAAAGGGCAUGUGACUGAGAGCUGAGGCAGGGAAAAGAAGACAAGCCGGUGGUUCAUGGACUAAACUUGAACAUUCUCUCCUCCGUUUUUGCAUUGUAACAGUGGCUAUUUUGAAGUCUCCGGGGGGCUUGCGUCACCUUAUAUGGAGGAUUUACAGUGCCAUUCUGAAUUUGUAAUUAGAGCAGUGGUUGUGUGUAACAUCUGGUACAGACAGCUAUUAAAAGUGCUUGGAAUGGGUUAAACUUAGAACACUAUAUCAGUGAGAUGAAUCCUUUCAGGCAAUAUUUUAUGACACUCUUUGAGUGGAUAGGCUUAUGGCUGAAAUAUGGACUUACAAGACUUUGGAGAGCUUUUCCAAUAGUCAAUACUUGGAUAGCAUCCCCAGGUAUCAGCGAUAGGCAAUCAUGCCAAGAAGACUCAGAGGAGUGGAAAACCAAUGAGGCACUCCGGACAUAUCGCCUAGGAGAUGGAAGUAAAACCAUGGUUACUGUCCAAACCAGUACACAUGCUUUCCAUGUGGACCUUGGAAGACUUUCAGAGUGCAGUGAGUACUUCCGGGCCUUGUCCCAGUCCAAAAUGAGAGAAACCUCAGAGAGCCUCAUCCACCUGGACCAUUUGUCCUCCUCCGUCUUCUACAAUCUCCUUGAAUUCUCCUUCUAUAAUAAAUUUAAAGUCCCUCAGAAAGAGUUGGGCACACACAUCCAGGUCAGCAGCUAUCUCCUGACUGAGACCUUCCUCUCGAAGUGCCUGUCAGUCCUGGCAGAUGGACUCAGGCCAGAUAACUGUUUAUCCUACCUCAAUCUGGCUCAGGAGAUCUGUUGUGCAGAGCUGAAGAUGACAGUGUUGACCUACAUGAGUAGAAACAUGAUGGAGCUGUCACUCCUCACCAAGUGUCUGAACGAUGAGGAGAAGGAUGAAAUUAUUAACCUGAGGAUGCAAGGAGACCAAUAUCUCUGCAGUCUCAGGAAAGAGAACCUAACUUCUUGGAACGACCCAGAAACAGAACGAGCCCGACAUAUCUUCAUCCUGAAAGGGUCAGAGGACAGUGAAGACUGGUAUCCAGUUACAGAGCUUCCUUUCAAGGCUGAUAAGUGGUGUUUCACUACAGUGGUUCUGUAUAACUACCUGUACAUCAUAGGAGGCUACCGGCAGCAUGUGAAGAGAGGCUGGGAGUUCAAGAUGGCUUCCUUUAGGUAUAAUCCCUUUACUCAUACGUGGGCAUCAACAGCUCCUCUCAUUAAGCACAGACGGCAUUUCAGUGCAGUGGCCUGUGGAGGCUGUAUUUACGCCGUGGGAGGCUGGUACUUGGACUCCCUGGUGACUCCGGACUCCAACACUGCUCUCUAUACAGCUGUAGAAUGCUAUGAUCCAUGGGAGGACACAUGGAGGUUUGUCUCCUCCCUGCCACUCACUGACUUCCAGUUUACUGUGUCCUUGUCCCAUGAUGUGCCCCUUGCUACUAGCCAUGGACACUGUCUUUAUGUGUUGGGGAGUAUCCAGAGAACUGGAGAGAAACUGCUGCUGCAGUACAACACGAGACAAGACUCCUGGUGUGAACUACUUCCCACCCUCACCAGAGCAGAUGCAGAUCUUCCUACUCUUUACUUCCUGGGUGUCACUGACAGGCUGCUUGUGAUUGGUGGAAACAACUCGGAGAACGUUGUAACAUCGUUCUGUGUGCAGUCACAGAAAUGGGGACAGGUAAGAAUCAGGUGCACAGGGCUGAGAAAGUGGCAUUUGCAGGACAGGGUACAGUUGCAGGUGACAAGGUCCUGAUGCCAAGUAUCGAGCACAAUGCUGUUGCAAGGAUAGAUCUCAAAACUCUCUCUCUCACAGCUUUACCUCCUCUACCAGUCUCCAUGCGCUAUGAAGCUGUCUUUUAUCUUCAUUUCUAAUGUUAUAGAGGGCUUCAUUGCUAUACUGUACAUUUUUUGUUAAUAAAUGAAUGUAAUAGCACUUAA